UCGAAGGAAACCGGUGCCACGGAGUCUUUCACGGUGGUGUGUGUGUGUCCGUGAGUUCACGGGAGAACAUCGAGAUGUGCAAGGUUGUCUCGUGAGAGCUUUAACAGAUGAACGGGCACUCUCUCUCUCUCUCUCUCUCUCGUUCUCCUAUCAUAUCCUGUUGGUGUUGCUGAACGUGUGUGCGCGCGCUGAGCGAUUGCACCGGGGUUGACAACUGUGUCAGAAGACGAGAGUAGAGGCGACUUAAGCGCUCGCGAAACAGCGGAUCUUUACAACGUCUAUUUUUGAACUCAAGCCUCUGGUGGCUCGAGGGCUGGGCUGCGCGGCGGAGACGCACAGAGCGAUGACACGCGCGGACGAGGCUUCUCAAGAAUCUACCGGCUUUUUGUGAUAUCUUCGGGUUGAGGCGAAUUUCUUGACCGUCCACUGAGCUAUAAGCACUACUUUAAAUACCCUAUCCUGUUCUUGAAUCGGAAUAUCGUUUAUAAUGUCUUGAAACGGGAGACUGCCGAGAUCAUGACAGACUACCGGGAGGAUGGCAUGGACCUGGGCAGCGACGCCUCCAGUCGUUCCAGCUCCGAGUCCAACUCCAACAAGGUGACACCUUGCUCCCCCUCUCUGGACCUGGCAACCCUGGAAGACUAUAAAUCAUCCCCCUCUCUGGACCUGGCAACCCUGGAGGACUACAAAUCAUCCCCCUCUCUGGACCUGGCAACCCUGGAGGACUAUGAGGAGGAUGAGGACUACCAGGAGUACAAGAAGAAGGUGAUUGAGGAGUGGGAGAGCGAGUAUGGGGAGGACUACCCUUCCCAGCAGCCACCAGACCAGGAAGAGCAUGGAGGGGAAGUGGGAACGCUGGGGAGCGACGGACGCUUCCGGAAGGCCGUGAACAGCCGCAGCCUGGCUGAGGAGUUCCAGGAAGUUAAGGCCCCGCCCCUUCCUGUCCCCGAAGGGCACAGCGCCACAUCAGCCGCCAUCGUCCCUGACGAACUGAAACAAAAUGGGAACGUGAUUCUACCGGGGCCACGCCACCACCAGACCCCUGCAGCCCCACAGGGAGGGAAGGCCCCUGCAAAGCCCAGCCAGAGGGGCUACGGGCGGGGCGGGGGCAUAGGGGGAGGGAUGGGGGGGCGGGCAGGGGGAGAUGGGGAGGAGGAGUGUGUGGAGGAGGAGCCCCUGCCUACGAUGGACUGGGCAGCACUGGAGAGACACCUGGCGGGGCUGCAGUGCCGGGAACAGGAGAACCAGAACCAGAACCUCAACCAGAACCACUGCAUGGGCAAGUCCAACUACACCUCAGUAAGUACACUGGACUCGUGUGUGUGUGUGUUGUGUAUUGUGUGUGUUGUGGGUAAGUGUAUGUAUGUGUGUGCAGGCCUGUGUUUCUGUGUGUGUGUCUUAACACCGCUGUCAUACAUUGUUGUCAUAUCUCCGUAUCACCGUGAUCCUGAGGCUGCGUCACUAAUCUGCCGUGAUCCAUGUCAGAUGGACUUGGGUAAUACUGUGUGUGUGCAGGAAUGCUGGAAUAAGGCUGGAUUACUGGGUAAUGUAGCGCUAAGAUAUGUGGACCUGGUGUGUGUGAGACCAGACCUUCUCUUAGGAAGAGAAGGAGACUGGUCCAGCAUCUCCAUGGCAACCAUCUCCUGGGCGCUGGCUGGUUGA